AUGGAGGACCUUCAGUCGGUAGUUUUGGAUCGGUUUAUAAAGGGUUAUCUUAGAGAUGGUAUUGCCAUAGCAGUUAAGGUCCUUGACACACAGAGAAAUGGAUCUUGGAAGAGCUUUUUCGCAGAGUGCACGGCUCUGAGUGAUGUGAGACACAGGAAUCUUGUUCGAAUUAUCACAUAUUGCUCGAGCAUAGAGUUUAGGAACAUAGAUUUUCUGGCUGUCGUUUAUGAGUUCAUGAGCAAUGAGAGCAUGGAGGAUUGGAUUAUUGAGUAUGGUCAUGGAGAGAAACCAUAUAUACCCACUGCAGGAGGAGAUGUGUACAGCUACGGAAUUAUGGUGCUAGAGCUUUUUUCUGAUGCAAAGUGUUCUCCUGAUGGGCAUGUAAACAUGAGGGAUGCUCUUUGCAAAUUGAAAAUCACAAGAGACACUCUUCUCAAACGCAAUCUUACUGACGAAAUCAAGUAA